AUGCUGUCGUCCCUGAAGACCCUGCUGCUGCUCUCGGUCCUGUGCACACCGACCUCCAGCCUGUGCCUCCGCCUCUACCACACCCGCCCCGACCUCCUCUGUAACGACCAGCUGACAGUCGGGGUCCGGGACGAGAACGAGCCGGGUUACAUCCCCAUGGACGGCUGGGGAUCCCUCUUGCAGUCCGAGGAGUAUCUCUCCUCCUCCUCUUCUUCUUCUGCCGAGUCCAGUCGGGAAAAAAGGACUUCAAGUCCCGCAAACUACCGCUUCAUGAGCCGGACGAAGCUCAGAGGGCAGAUGCUCCGCAACAGCAGCAAGGGGGACCGCAGGAGCAGGCUGACCCUGUCCCUGGACGUCCCGACUAACAUCAUGAACGUCCUCUUUGAUGUGGCCAAAGCCAAAAACCUGCGCGCCAAGGCGGCUGAGAACGCGCGCCUCCUGGCUCAGAUUGGACGGAGAAAGUGA